AUGUCGCAAUCCCUCCGCAUAGCCAUCCUCGAAUGCGAUACUCCCAUCGACCCCAUCAAAGCCAAGUACGGUCCCUACGGCGACAUCUUCGAAUCCCACCUCAAGGAGGGUCUCACGCGCAUCAACGCAAAUGUCUCGCUGCAAUUGUCCAAGAUCAAUGUGGUCCAACCGUUUGCGGAGUAUCCUAAGCCAGAGGACUUUGAUGCCGUCCUCUUAACUGGCAGCAAGCACGAUUCCUACAAAGAUGAAUCCUGGAUCCUCACCCUCACCAGAUUCGUUCAAGACUGCUACCACAUCUACCAAAAACCCGUGAUUGGAAUUUGUUUCGGCCACCAGAUUAUUGCGCGUGCGUUGGGAGCCCGCGUCGGUCCGAAUGUAUCGGGGUGGGAGGUGGCGGUGGAAUCUGUCGAAUUGACUAGUGCUGGGAAGCGACUCCUAGGAAGAGAUACUUUGGCCAUACAUAUGAUGCACCGCGAUAUUGUCUACGAAGUUCCGCCGGAAUGCGUCAAUCUGGGUGCCACAUUGAUUUGUGGUAUUCAAGGGCUAUAUGUUCCCAAGCGCAUUCUUUGUGUUCAGGGUCAUCCGGAGUAUAAUGAGUUUAUGGUGUCGGAGUUGUUGAAGCUAAGGCGGGGGAUGCUGGGAGAGGUGGUGUAUGAGGAUGGGAUGGCGCGGGUUGGGAGAGAGCAUGACGGGCUGGUAUUCUGUGAGACAAUGUGUCGCUUCGCUUUGGGGAUAUUAGAAUAA